AAGAUGAGCGAGGAGGGAAACGUGUCACUAGCCCGGAUCUGGGAGCUCCGCGGCCGCAGCGUUUGUUGACUCCGCGCGCGCGGAGAGGAACAGAGGCUGGAAAGGACCCUGCGAGCGCAGAGCUGGGGGAGGAGAGAGGGAGGGAGAGCUCAGCAGACCGCGGCGGCGAGAACCAUCCAGGUCGCUCUUUUCUCUCCGGUGAGAAAACUUCCUUGGGAAGGCCGGAAACUUUUUCCUGGGCGCGCGGAGUCCGGGGCGGAGGCUAGUGGUGGUAACUGUGGGAGAUUCAGGAUGACUCACCCCGGAGACCCCAGGGGGGUGUUGGCUAAUUCGUGGUUUUAAGAAAGCCUGAGGGCAGGGAAGGCAACCCAGGAGAAACCCUUUUCCUGGGCAGUUGGAACCUUCUGGUCCUAUAGGCGAAGCUGAAUCCUCACCGGGACUUAUGACCCGCAGCUUCGCUCCCAUUCUGCCCGUCGAGUUCCACAAGAUGGGCUCCUUCCGCAGGCCCAGACCACGCUUCAUGAGCUCGCCUGUGCUCAGCGACCUGCCCCGAUUCCAGGCCGCUCGGCAGGCUCUGCAGCUGAGCUCCAGCUCAGCCUGGAACAGUGUCCAGACUGCGGUAAUCAAUGUUUUCAAGGGGGGCGGCUUGCAGAACAACGAGCUCUACGCGCUGAAUGAAAACAUCAGGCGGCUGUUGAAGAGUGAACUUGGAUCAUUCAUUACAGACUAUUUCCAGAACCAGCUUCUUGCAAAAGGACUGUUCUUUGUGGAGGAGAAGAUCAAGCUGUGUGAAGGUGAAAAUCGCAUUGAGGUUCUGGCUGAAGUCUGGGACCACUUCUUCACUGAGACUCUCCCCACCCUGCAGGCCAUAUUUUAUCCAGUUCAGGGCCAGGAGCUGACCAUCCGCCAGAUCUCUCUUCUGGGCUUCCGAGACCUGGUCCUGCUCAAGGUGAAGCUGGGCGACUUAUUGCUGCUGGCCCAGCCCAAGUUGCCCUCAUCCAUCGUCCAGAUGUUGCUCAUCCUGCAGAGUGUUCACGAGCCCACAGGCCCAAGUGAGGGUUAUUUGCAGCUGGAGGAGCUGGUGAAGCAAGUGGUUUCUCCUUUCCUCGGCAUCAGCGGGGACCGUGGCUACUCAGGUGCCACGUACACACUGGCCAGGCGGCACUCCAGGGUUCGGCCCAAGGUGACCCUGCUGAACUAUGCCUCUCCAAUGAGCACAGCCAGCCGGCCACUGAACGAGAUGGCACUGACCCCGCUGACGGAGCAGGAGGGCGAGGCCUACCUGGAGAAGUGUGGCAGCGUGCGGCGGCACACGGUGGCCAAUGCCCACUCCGACAUCCAGCUUCUGGCCAUGGCCACCAUGAUGCACACGGGCCUCGGGGAGGAGGCUGGCAGUGAGGACAAGCACCUGCUCCUGCCGCCCAGCUUCCCCCCUCCCCCCCGGCAGUGCUCCAGUGAGCCCAACAUCACCGACAGCCCUGAUGAACUGGAGGAGGGGGCGAGUGGCAGCCAGGAGGGCUCGGAGCUCAACUGCGCUUCCCUCAGCUGAGUGGCCAUCCCGGGGCCUCCUGGCCUCUGCCGUGCAACCAGGAGGAGGCCAUCUCCAUCCCAAUGACCAGUGCAGGGCUCUGCCUUUGGGCAGUCCGCCUUAUUUCUUUUAUGCCUGGUUGAAAUGCCCUAGGGAAGAUCCUUAUUGUAAACCUCUUCAUUCUGGGGACCGUGACCCCCUCUUUGCAGCCACAUAGACCCAAUCGCGUAACGAUCACUUUCAAACUUCCAGUCUGGCUUGCCUGACUCAGAUCCUCAUCUCUGAACCUUCUCCCUUCAGAUACUGGACUGUCCAGAGCUCCCGGGGAUAUAGCCAAUGGCCUUGGCAUAACUGGAACAGGAGGUUGUCUGGACCACACACAAAACCAGCAAGGAUGUGCUGGUCUUUGGAGUUCACCCUUAGGUUCCCGUGAUGCAGAGGCUUAGGAGUGAGGAGAGCUCCUAGAGAGGGGACACCUUUGCCCCUGUCCUUGUGAGUGGAGGGAAAACAGAUUGCAGUUCCCACUAAGCAUGGCUGUGGGAACGUGCCUUUCUUAUUUUACUUUCAGAGUCACUGGGAAAGAGUUGCUCUCCUGGUGAGUGAGAGUCUGCCCUGGCUUCAUCCAGAUCCCAUUUGUCGCCUCCACUGAGGCUUUGGCUUUUGGCCCAGGAAGGCCACGAGGCCAAAGCAGCCCUGCCUUUGAGCGGCAGCAUUUCACUCUCAGGUUUCUCUCAAGCCCAAGAAACUAACCUCUGGAGGACUCGCUGCUGCUGUUUUCUCUGUCUCUGUCCUUUCUGAAUUGGACCGCUUUCUAUUGUGGGUGUGAGAGGCCGGCUGAUACUAACCAACUAGUCUGUGCCUGGAUUUGACUUGAAUUUUGAAAAUGUGUAUUGUUUUUUUUAAAAAAAAUGUUCGCAAAUAUUUGCACGUAGGAUCUUGCACUGUUCAUUUCUAAUGGGGUGUGUCUUCCAACUAAAAAACAAGCACAGCCCCUGGGAAAAGAGACUGGAAGUGGUCCAGAUAAAGUGAUCUGUGGUGGGCAGGGCUGUUAUGCCACAGAUCUCUGGAAUCAGCAGGAUUUGAAUCCAGAAUGGCCUGUGUUUGUGAGUGUUGUGGUUUCUAAGAAAAGCUGCAUAGGGGUGGGGAGCCUCAGUAUGCCCCAUGGCGAGUGGAAUGUUUCCAUGUGCCACAGUGUGGGGAGAUGUGGGCAGAACCUUAUGGAGGAAUAUUUAUUCUCUGUGAUUAAGGAAAUGCCCACAAGUGCCUGGAAUUUCUAAUAUGUGAGGUCUCAGGGAGCUAUUUGAGGGCAGCAGACCCUGGCACUGUGCCUGCAACCCCGCAGGUCUGGGGCUCUUUGUACAUCUUGAAUCCCUCUCCACCUCUGUGUGUUUGUUUCUUGGCCCCACUGCCAACAGCUCCAGGAAAAGAAAUGGCUCUCAUGACCCUUCCUGUUAGUGUUUACGAAAUCUCAAAAGCACGAAAUCUCCUUGGCAAGGGGGCCCCAGGAGAAGGUGAGGUUCAGUUUAAGCUCCCCUCAGGGGAAUAGACUUUGUAAAGUCAUCUCUGUCUUAAUGGCAUGAAGGUCUGAAAUAUGACCACAGUUGUACUCUUGAUGGCAUAUAAUUUAGAAAUUCUAUUUAAAAAAUUGUUUCAUUUUCAUGCUUCUAAGAAAGUUGUACAAGAGAGUCAUCUAAAGGAGAUCUGAGAAUUUCAAAAAAUAAUCUCUAGGUGUGUGUUGAAGUCUGUAAAUUGACUAACAUGUGUUAGCAAAUGGGCUAUCAGUAGGUAGUAAUAGGUUGAUUUAUUUAACUGAUGGCUACUGUCCUUACUAGUACACUUAGCACUUGAGACUAGUAUUCCAGGCAGGGUCAUUAAAAAUGCUCGGAUCUGCCUUUUUAGUUUACAAGGAGACACCUACACAGAUAUAUAUUUAAAAAUGCCUUUUCCAUGACUUAAAUAUCCAUGAGGGGGAGAGCAGGUAUCAGUUAAAUAUACAGGGUGGCCCUAAAGUUUGUGUGCAGUUUAAAAUAGUUUAACACAGUAAAUUGCACACGAACUUUACGUCCACCCUGUAUAAGCUCUUGCACGGAGAACGGGAGUGUCAGUGCAGACCAGUGUACUUCAUUGUUGAUGACUGUUAGCCAGUUUACAGCUUUACCAUUGACUAGAUACUUGUGCAGUAAAUAGCCUGUACCUAUAAAGAUUUUGAUGUUUAUGGGCAUUUUAGCCAGCAGAGCUAUUGCAAGAGUGAUGGCUGUAGUGCUUCUCACCACUUUUCUCCCCUUUAUGAGAUGAAGAUCCAUUUUCAUUAUUUAUGCCAGAAUUUUCCUGAAGCUGAGGUUUAAUGAUGGGAAGCAAUUACCACUCUCAACUCCAAGUGAGCUCACCAACCAAAAACCUGUCAUGUUGUCGAGUCAAUAAACAUCAUGUUGUACACGUUUCCCCGUGCUCGGGCUGGGUGCCUCCAGGGUGUCUUGGCUAAAUUUGCAAGUAUAACAAACUAGAUCUUGAUGCGUCCUCAGCCCCUCGCACCUGCUUCUCCUGCUUCCUCAUCGUUUGUCUUACUGUCUCCGCUCUAGAAGGAGGCAGCAGCCUUAGUCCAUUGCCCCUGGGUUUUGUUUGUCAUCCUGGGGUAAAUUGGCAAUCACCUCCAGGAGAAAGUGACUGUGGACCUUACAAAAUACUGCUGAGAAAAAAAUGUCUGGGAGCGGCUAUGGCGGGUGGAUUACUCGAGCUCAGGAGUUCCAGACCAGCCUGAGCCAGAGCGAGACCCCAUCUCUAAAAAUAGCUAGGCAUUCCCAGCUACUCAGGGGGCAGAGGCAAGAGGAUCCCUUGAGCCCAAGUUUUUGAGAUUGCUGUGGGCUAUGAUGCCAUGGCACUCUACUGUAGGUGACAAAGUAAAACUCUGUCAAAAAAAAAAAAAAAAAUGGGAAGCCAAAGCUUUUUCUAAAACUAGCUUGGUCUCUGCCCAGAGAGUUUGACCUAGGGGGAACAUUCACCGACCGUACUUACUCAUGGACUAUCUACUCACAUACUCCCUGAUCUGUGUGGCAGAGGAAACGUCUGAUGUUUCACUCUUUGC